AAAUAAGGUAGAAACAAAGUAUAUAGUUUCCUUGCAACUGGAAGUGCCGUCAUUCGGGACCAAGUCUUCGAAGAGUCAACAACCGAGGCAAGAUAGUGCAGAUGAUAUAUAGCGGCUAUCAUCGCGUACAGUCCCGAGUACAAGUAGCCUCGGAUUCUAAAGACGACAUUGCUUUGGAAAGAAGUCAAGAGCGAUCAAUGUCAGGACAAGCAAGGGCAAGAAAGUGAAAGUGAAAGUUAGGCUAAUCUUUUAAACUUCGCAGUUUUCCAAAAGCAAGAAGCAUGCAUGGAGAAGAUGAAGAUUUGGAAUCACUUGAGUAUAGCAGUGCUGGUUACGAGAAACAGCUACCAAGAAUCAGCAAGCCUGAUAUGUUUAUGAACACAGCGCUAUGGAUUGAGAUUGAAGAUUCUCCGGAAGGCGAGUCCCUUAAGCAAGGCAAUCCAGUACGAGCUGCAGAGACAGGGGAACGCCCGCUAAAGCCAGUGAAGAAAUAUCACAAAGCUGGCGCAGUUGUUGUGCUACCAAACGACAGGGCCUUGUCCGUAGACUGCAGUCAUAGAGGCAUCCAUGCAGCCGUUAGCGCGCUGAACAAGUUUGGUCAAGAGAGGGCUGAAGGUUGCCAAGUGUACCUGUCAAGAAGACCAUGUUCUUUUUGUGCCAAACUACUCGUUCAAUGUGAGGUGGCUAAAGUGUUUUAUCUUCCCAUAGAACCAGAACUGAAUGACAAAGAAGAUGUCCGUAAAGUGGAUAGGCUCUUCAAGGCUUCAUCGACAGGCCUCUCUGUUUAUAUACCAAAAGUCAGUGACACUAUCCUCAAAGCUCAGAGGAAAAGGCAUUCUCCGUUUCUAAAGAAUCCACGAAACGACUUAGAGAUAAUAGCAUACAGAGACCUUCUGAAAAAAGAGUACUGGAGUACUGAUUGGAUCAAUAAUGCAAGCACAGUCUUGGAAUGGCCAGCAUUUAAAGACCCGAACAUGCAAAAGCAAACCAAUGAAGACAUGGAAAAUUUGCUGGAGUGGAUCGCAACAGCAACCAAAGGAGACGUUCCAGACUAUGUGAAGUUCUUAGAAAUAGAUCCACAUUCUUCCCCUUUAACAGAGAAGAAAAGCAAGGAACCGAAAGGUGCAGAAGAGACAACUGAUGGCAUAGUUAACUAUGAUGAGAGCAAAGCUAUACGAACUGUCUCAACUGUCUUACCUGAUCCAACUGUAGGUGAUAGCGCUUGGCAAAAGCACGCCCUGCAUAUGUGCAGGAUGGCACAAAUGCUAUCACAAAGGAGCGACGACCCAACCGCCCCCGUUGGAUGUGUCCUGAUGAUGCACAACCAAGUUACAGCCAUUGGGUGGAAUGGAUUCCCAGCCAAGGCGCUAUACGGAGAAUUCCCAAGGGCCUCAGACAACGACGACUCGAGGGAGAAGAAAGAAYCCUACGUUAUCCAUGCAGAACAAAACGCCUUGCUGACGAGAAACGUGAAAAAUAUGGAUCACGAGUCAUCAGUUCUCUACAGCAACAAGAUCCCAUGCGGAGAGUGCGUUCCCAUGCUGAUUCAGGCUGGAGUGAAAAAUGUAGUCGUACCUCAAGAGUCUAGGCGUGAUGUUGCAGAAAACGAGGUUUUUACUGAAGCCAUAACGUCAAAAAUGUUAAAGGGAUUCUGGCCGAGCAGGGAGUAAAGUUUGAACCAUAAACCACACAGGUAUAUUCAUGACCUGAAAUGUAGAUAGGCCAGGAAUAUUCCGCGCUUUCGAGUUAGUCUGAGCAUAUUUUGGGCUUCGUUUUGCAAGUGAAAAAUAUUCAGAAAGUUAAGCGAAGUCUGUUUACAAGUAAUCGCCGUAGCUAGUGCUUCGUCUCUGUGGGGCGGAUCCCGUAGAGAACUCGACGGAUGACGGAAUCCUUGACUUGAGCUCCCUGUGUUCCACGUUACAAGUCUCGAUAACCACGACAGACCACGUUUAAUUCAGUAUUUAAUAAAAUCAAACAAAUUAAACCACAAUAAAGUAAAAAAAAACUUA